CCUCUUCCCUUCGGUGUGUCUCGGUCCGCCCGCAGCAGUCUCCUUCCCGGCGAGGUUUCACUACAGAGAUGGCUGCGAAAGUGUGCAGAUCAGUACUCCUGUUGUCCCGGAGCAGCGGAGCGGUGGCCGGCAGCCUCCCCGCACUUGUCGUCUCUUCACAGCGACACCAUCAGCACAUAAGACCGCAGGAGGUGCUGUCUGCUCCUUUCCCACACCAGACUGUCAGGAGAGCACAUAGCCUACGGUCAGCAGCCCACUCCACACUCUUCACCCAGCCUCCCACUGCCCUGUCUCCACAGGUUUGGAGGGGCUCUCCCUCAUGGCAGGGCCAGAGACUGUUGUGUUCCUCCACUGCCCCAGAGGAGGUGACAGUGGUGUAUCAGAACGGGCUGCCAGUGAUCUCAGUCAAUUUGCCGUCCAGGCGAGAGAGGUGCCAGUUCACCCUAAAGCCACUCAGUGACUGUGUGGGAGUUUUUCUGCAACAGCUCCAGGCAGAAGACAGGGGCAUUGACCGGGUAGCCAUCUACUCCACAGAUGGGGCGAGGGUGGCCUCCUCUACAGGUAUAGACAUCCUCCUGCUGGAUGACUUCAAGCUUGUCAUCAAUGACACCACACACCUCGUGCGGCCACCACGGAGAGAGCUGCUGGCCCAUGAGGAGGCCGAGCGGCUGAAUGACGUGAAGUUCCUGGUGCAGCAGCUCUACACCACGCUGCGCAUCGAGGAGCACCAGCUCAGCAAAGAGCGAGAGCUGAUUGGGCGACUGGAGGACCUCAACUCACAGCUCCGCCCACUAGAGAAGGUGAAAGAGGAGCUGAGUAAGAAGGCAGAACGGCGUACCACCUGGGUGCUGUGGGGCGGCAUGGCGUACAUGGCCACCCAGUUUGGCAUCCUGGCCAGGCUGACCUGGUGGGAGUAUUCCUGGGAUAUCAUGGAGCCCGUCACCUACUUCAUCACUUAUGGCACAGCUAUGGCCAUGUACGCCUACUUUGUGCUCACACGUCAGGAGUACAUCUAUCCUGACGCUAGAGACAGACAGUAUCUGCUGUUCCUCCACAAGGGGGUGAAAAGGACACGUUUCGACAUUGAGAAGUACAACAAGCUGAAGGAUGACAUCGCCGAGGUGGAGUUGGAUCUCAAGCGUCUUCGGGACCCGCUCCAGCUGCAGCUCCCAAUCCAGCAGCUCACCGCCAGUAAAGAUUGAUGGGACGAGUGAGGCCCCUCCCCGAUGAGCUCCUCCAUACCUCCGUAACCCCUUCCUACUCCUUUCCGUCCCACUCUCCGUCCACCCCCACUCCUCUCUUUUUUCCCACUAUUUAACCCUUCCCUCCCACACCUAGUAAGCCCAUCCCUCUCUUGACUGUGGGAGGUAUUUUCUUUUCUUUUCUCUUUUUUUUUCUUUUUUUCUUUACUUUUCUGACUGAAAAGUCCAGUUGGAAGUUGAUUGCAAGUGAAACCGCCGAAAGAGAAGGAUGGUGAGGAUUGAUGGGAACUGAAAAACUCUCACGGCUGCGGAUGAUAAAAAGAAUGAUGAUGAUGAUGAUGAUGAUGAUGAUGGAAUUAAACUGGGCACUGUGGAUAUGCCUCAAGACUCCAGUGGGACAGCCUGCAGGGAACCCCAGGAAACACAGGAAGUGUCAGUAGGCGCUUCAGCUGAGGGUACAUGCAGAGGGGCAGCCAUCUUUGAGUGUGUGUGUGUGUGUGUGUGUGCGCGCGUGGUACAUCCUGGGGACAAUGGGACACAGACCCCGGCCACCCUACAGGCCAACACAGCAGUGGUGUCUUGCUUUUUUAGCAGUCACGCUGUAAACACACGCAUGCAUAUUUCUUCCUGGAUGGGGUGGGCUCCAGGGAGGGGCUCUAUCCCAAUGAAUCAAAGUUUACAAGGAAGUCCUCAACCUGCCCACUGCUCUCUGCAUGGAUGGAGGACAGGGCUGGGGCCCGCGGCAGUCGGACCACCAGCGGACCUUCGUCUUCCUGUGGCUGCAAACUGCUGCCCCUCCUCCUCCCACCCUGGGCCACGCCCCUCCGGGUGACGGACAGCUGCCCUGCCCAGUGUGACCUUUAACAGGAGCCUGUCUCGGUUUUCACAGGAUGCGGGAGUGACGUUAGGCAACGAGCCUCAUUUCCUCGUCCUGUUGAUGUCCUGCGCCGGCCCAGUCUGUGCAAGGAUGAGAGUACUACCGACAAAAACAUCACUGUGUGUUCUUUUAUUCCAAAAAAUAUUUUGGCACUUUUUAUUUUGAAAGCCAUAGUAUAUUUGUUAUGAAAAGAAUAUAUAAAUAUAAAUAUAUAUAUAUAUAAAUAGAAAUAUAUAUAUACAAUCAAAUAAACAGAUGAACAGAGGCUAGUUUUUUUUCAGUGGGGGGAGGAGCUCUCUUGCAAACAUCAUUUCAUUAGAAAAAUCAUGCAUCUCCUGAAAAUCUCCAUUAAGGACUGCCUUAACAGUCCAAUGCCCACUUUCUGUCUCUGUCACACACACACAUAAUUAUAUGCAUUUACGACCUUGACCGAACUCUUUUGUAUCUUUCGAGUGAUGAACACAUAUUCCAUCUCAACUACAUCCAGUAAGGCGCAGAUUCCCGCAGAACAUCCUAAACUAAACAGCACCAUCCCCCCCGUGCAUGGCCAUCAAAGUAAAGUUGUAAUGGAAAGUAACAUUAAAGGCAAAUGAGGGUGAAAAUGGCUUCGAUGGAAAUGUUUGGCAGCAACAAAAAAUACCAGUGUAUCAGGCCAUGCAUUAAAAUUGUUUCCCACUACCCUCAUUUUGUGAAUAUUGCAAUAGAAGAUGCUGAAUAUAAUAUAGGAGUUACAGUAAUAAUGAGUGUUUUUCAGAGAUAUUUGUAGGCAUGCUAUAGGUUUUGACCUCUGAUGGGCUCUGUGUGUAUUAUGGCUUUAGAAAAAAAAUAAGCCACCGUGUGGAAGAAUAGGGUUUGAGUAAAUGCCUUACAGUACAGUGUCCCAUGCAGUCAAAUCAUGUUUUUUUCCCCAAUUGGAAGCAUUAUGUAAAGAGGCAUAAACUUGGCUUGCUAACAUGGACUGGUCAUUGCAUUGUACAAAUUGUGAAAUAAUAUGGUGUUACAUGAGGGAGUGCUUUUGUGACUCUCCCUUAUGAAGCUAAGCAACGAGUCAAUAACAAUAAACAAAAAGGUACAUACAGUAUAAGCUCGACAUUCAUUCACAGGAGGCUUUUCAUCCUGAAAUAGUCAGAGUUCUCUCCUCCCACUGUUGCUGUAACGCCGCCUGCUCCCUCGAUGGUAAGGCAGGGUAGACUGCAUGCUAUGGUAUGCCCUCAGUAGAAAUUUGUGAAUGUGUAGGAGCAUUGUUGCAAUUUUGUACUUAUAAUUGGGCCGUUUUCUUUGCCACAUCUAGCUCAAAUCUCAUACCCCGAUUGGUUAUUUUCGAAGAUUAUAGAAGCCAUAUCUAUGUUGUCCAUUCAAGGGACUGUCAUCCAAUGAACCUUUGUCAGCUUCGGUUAGUUUUGUGUUUACGGUGAGGAUUGGUUGUUCCUUCUCUGACUCUCAAAUCUCUAGUCUAAACAGGUCUCAAAGCCAGCUUUUUCACUCUGAACUGACCGAGACCACUGUAGGUCACCUCUGGUGAGGGGAAGCACAAUAACCUGACGCCCCUGGGUAGAGACACUACUUCAAAAUCAUCCUCUGCUUGUUGGUGACGUGUGGACAAGUGGCUGAAUCCUGCUGCAGAGAUCCUUGUAUGUAACUGCAGAUUCUCUACUGAAAUGCAUGAUUUUAUGUAAAAUCAAAAGUUAUCCGUGUGGAUCUCAUAGCAGGAUUUUGCCUUAUGUGUGUGACCUGGCACAUAUGGGUGUGUGUGUGUGUGUGUGCGUGUGUGUUUUAUCUCCAAGGGAAAUGGUGCCUUUUGGAUACCGAAGGAUUUAAAUGUGUAAAAGAAUUGAUGAGUGGUGAUGGGAUAAUCUUUGACAAAUUUGGUCUGUAUUGCAUUUGGAAAGCAACUUCCUCUGCUGGAAGGCUCUUUUUGAAUGUUUGCAAGCUGAAAUAAGUUUUGAUGUGUAGGUGUGUGUGUGUCCAUUUGUUGUAUCCACAUGUUUUUAAUAGUGCGUGUGUGCUGGGGGCAAAGGGCAGAUCAUUAUAUCCAUAAAUCCCUUGCCCUUAGUCGCUGCUGGUCAGUAGCGGUAUAGAUCAAUUCUGGUCUCAUCCCAUCUGAUAGCGAUCAAUAGCUUUAAAUCCCUCUUUUCCACAACAGGCUGACUCUCAUAGAUGCUUUUACACACACACACACACACACACACACACACACACCCAGUGUGACAGUUACCUUGGAGAUUUACUGUGGAGGAGUGAGAGUUAAGCCCUCUGUCUGCAGUCCAACCAUACCUACUGCUGUUUCUACACACAACUUCUCUCCAUCAUCACCUCCUCCUUUUUAUCAUGCCAUCCACCUUUUAUUGCCUUUUGCUUUGUGUUCUUUUUGUCUUUCAUUUUUUUGAAAAAAAUACAAAACAAAACCAAAAAAAAAAACAAAACAGUAUAUCAAAUAUAGGGAACUUUAUUAUAAAGCGGGUGUUGCAUGAAUGUAUGUUUACAUGGGAAAAUUAUGUAAAAAUAUAAAAGAUGAUUUAUCCAAAAAAAAAAAAAAGAAAAGAAAAAAACUGCAAAGAUAAUUUAAGAACGUCGUUUGUAGAGACUCCUAGUUGUAAAGGGCAACGGACAGGCCUGCGUCUCGGCCGCGUCGCUAGAAUCCGCCCUGCCAAAUCUGACUCGGUCCCAGCCAACCCACCGCACCCCAUCACCCCUCCAAGUCACUCACCCAUUUCCCCCUUAUUUACUCCCAUAACCCCCCCCUGUGUAGACAUGCGGCUUGUAUUUAUACUCCCCAAUUGAUGGAAAACCAGCCUCCAUCCUCGGUGCACCUUAAGAAGACCUUUAUGACCUCUUGACCCCCCAGUUGCUAACGUCCUGGAUUUGACUCCAAAGGGAGGUGUAGGGCGCACUCUGCUAGCAUGUCGGGGAACGCCUCUCGUACCUCACUCGUUCCCACUCAUCCCUCUGUCCUGUCAUUUUUCACCUUCAGCCUUUCUUUCCCCUCCCGAUUACAUUUAUUCUAUGUUUUGAAUGUGUUAUGUUUUCAAUAUCUUGUUUGUGUGUUCUUACGAUAAAAACAUGUUUAAAUUGCCUAAAGAGUGAAGCAGAAUAUAGGAUUGAAAUGAUCUUGUACUCAAUUCUGACCUCCUACUUCUUCUUUUUUUUAAGUUUUUCUCUUUUUUUUUAGUUUUUUUUUUUUCUCUGUUGACAUCUGUUUGCUGUAAUGUUGGCAAAAAAGAGAAAAUGUAAAAUCCUGUAUCAUUUAUGAAAUAUGUAUAAAAGAGAAAUGUAAUUCAGUUAUCAAUAAAAUCCUUAUCCAGUUUUUGGA